UGGUCUAGUAGUGUACACUAUAACAGUACCACUCAGCUGAAGGCCACAGAAACCAUCAUGGAGUCAGCAGACGAGGAGCAGCCUCUCCUUCUUGACCACCAGCAUCUUCCUCCGGAUGAGAGAGUUUCAAGGUCAGCAGCCGCAACAGAUGCCAACGCACAUGAACCUCCCAGCAGCAAGCACGUUGCUAGGCCAGCAGGCGGUUGGAAGGCGCCGGUGGCAAUGGUGCUCGUGCAGCUCUUCCAAACGGGGUUGGUCCUCCUCUCCAAGGUGGUGAUCGGCCAUGGCAUGUUCGUCUCCGCACUCGUCACGUACCGCAGUGCCUUCGGCGCCGCGUUCCUAUUCCCCUUCGCACUCAUCUGUGAGAGGGACAAGUGGAAGGAGAUGAUGAACUGGCGUGUCUCGCGGUGGAUUAUCUUCAACGGAUUCAUCGGAGCAACAUCCAACUAGAAAUACAAGGUCAAAGAAAAGCAUUGCUCAGCCUGGCACGAGUCCAACACCAAGUGACGUCGCACCUCCAUUGCUAUCUCAUGUGAGCCAACCUGGAGAAGUUGGUGGCAGCGUUGAAGGCCAUAGACAGACUAGUGUUGAAGGCUAGUUCUAAUACCAUGCUUCUUAUAUUAUCAUUCCAUUAGUUGUAAUUGCAUGAUGAAUGCACUCUUAUUGGUUGCCAUUUAUUUCAACUAAUGGCUCUACCCAGAUUGACAACAGCCACAUGGGCAAUGGAAGUGAUGCCAUCACUCAGCCUAAUGUGCACAACCAGAUUGACAACGAAGGAGUAAAUGAGCGUCGGGAAAGGGGAGUUAAUAUGGGACAUGGUCUCCAAAGGAUGAAUCGAUCUCGACGUGGCAAACUGCCAGUUGUCAUUACUGAAGGAAGGAUAAGGCCUGUGGUACCAAUUGUUGCUGCAAAGUUUGCAAUUGAAUGCAACAUUGUAGUGAGGAACCAUGUACCUGUGCUUAAGCAUUGGAAGGAAUACAAGAACCAGCUUGGGCUCUUUGAGUUGUUUAAAGGAAAACUCAGUGCAAAGUUUGAUAUCAAUACAAGUGAUGCGGCAGUUGAAAAGGCUUGUUCGCAAAUGAUGAAGAAUGCACUACGCCAACAACGAUAUAGGUUGAAGAAAAAGUAUUUUGAUCCUUUUCCGCUACAUAUGGUGAGGAAAACAUCUCCUAUCAAAUCAGUGUCUGAUAAACAGUGGAAUGACCUUGUGGAAUAUUGGAAAGAUCCUAAAAGGAUGGAGGCAAGUGAAAAGUGCAAAGAAAGCCGAAGCAAAGUUAAGUUCCAUCAAACAACUGGGUCUCGUAGCUACAUGGUUCAUGUAGAAAUUUUGGGCGACAAGUACAUAGAUCAAGAACUAGAUGCAUUGGAUUUGUUCAAGGAGUGCCACUACAGCAAGAAAAAGAAAGGCUACACUUCUACCGUACAGCUAGCUAUUACUCAAAUGGAAAACAAGCUAUCUACACCAGUAGAAGGUGAACAACCCAUGUCUACGACUCAGGCUGUAGCUAAUGUGCUUGCUGAGAACGCGAAGAAGAAUAAGUUCCUUCAGAAUGUGGGGAUCCAAAAUGCACAGCCUAGAUCUAGUGCAUAGAUUAUUGAAGCACAACUAGAAGUGGAGAGGACGGCAAAUGCUGAGCUUCGAUCACUUGUCAACAUCCAGCGUGAACAGAUGGAUGUAUUGACAAAGCAAGUGCAUGAAGCUGAACUGGCAAGGAUUAGAGAGCAAGAGGAGAUGAAGAAGAAGCAAGAUACCAUGGAUGCAAAACAUGAGCUUAUGCUAUGUCAGAUUCAACCAAGUUAAGCUAAUUGGUAUGGGGUGUCAGUCUUUGAUGGAACUGCCAUUUUGCUGCUACAAUUGCAUGCAUUAUUUUGAUGGAUAAGUAGAUUUCAAUCCUUUUUUUGGCUGGUGGUGCUGGAGAGGCUUAAGUGCCAUAUGCAAUGGAUUGGAUACUUAGUGUAAUGACAUGAUGGAUACAAUUGUGGCAUAUUUUGGUUUGAUGGUAUGUUGAAACAUCAGUUUGUUAUGAUGUGACGUUGUAACAGAAUUUAAUAUAUCAUCAGUUUCAGGAUUAUCUUUAAA